AUGUUGCCAACACUGUCCGACGUGCCAACGCAUCACCCGGACUGUUGUUUGAGCCUCUCCACCGCCUUAUUUUCGAAACUCGAUGAAAUUCUCUCCGUGUCGAAGGCGCCUGUUCUCUCCAUCGGCGCCGGGAGCGGCUUGUUCGAAGCAAUUCUUAGUAGCAGAGACCCCUCUCGCACCGUUGAGGGUGUAGAAGUCAACUCAUCUGUCAACAAAUACCUCCCUGAAGAGUCGACUUUUGUCGUUGGCGGCACGUGGGGCUUGUGCCCUAGAGCAGAGGAUAUUCCUAUUUGGGUCUUCGUUUACCCGCGCGUGCCCGCGCUUGUCAAAAAAUACUUCGAGACCUUUGGUCAAGCACGCCUUCAGCUCGCCAUAUUCCUAGGGCCGAGAGCUGACUGGGCUGAUUUUCAAGACUCGUUUAUCGUUCCCGGAUUCACCUCUGUGGAGAUUGUGGAGGAUUGUGGGCUCGUCCCAUACGAGGUUCUGGCAGUCAUCAGGAAGGAAUCCGCCGCCAAGUGA